AUGAAAGUUUCUUCAAAGUACACGCCUGCUCUAUACAUAUUAUUUUUAUUUACGCUGUUGAAUAUUUUCGUUCUAGGAGAAAUACAAGAAAGUAAUCCAAAUUUUGCAGAAACAGAAAAUGCAGCUAAAGCAUUUAGAAAUUUAUUAAAUGGUGAUAUAAAUGUUAUCAAGUUAGAAAAUGGGGAUGAACUAAGAAUAAGAUCAAACGAUGAGAAACAUGAAAACAAUCAAAGAUACGAUGAUGAUGAUGAUGAUGAUGAUAAUAAUAAUCAUAAUAACAAUAACAAUAACAAUGAUUACUCCUUUAUAAGCAAUUAUGAAGUAGAAACUAAUAAAACAAAUCCAUUAAAAAAGGAAAAAUCCAAUGAAGUUAAAAGUAAAAUAACUGAAGGUAAGGAAGAUUUUUAUAUUUUAGAUAGUAAAAGCAUUGAAACCAUAGCACGAGUUUUUGCUAGGAAAAAUGAAUUCCAUGAAUCUGAAAUAGAAUCAUUUGAGCAAAGCCUUAAAGAUAUCAUUAAAUCAAUAAAUAAUUAA